AAGGAUCGGAAAGACCUUCUACUGAGCAACCCAUUAAAUGUUAUUGCACGCGGUUUGAUCCCCACAACCAAUAUUAUCCGUACUACAUCUCCGAAGAAACAGACUGUCCACCUCCUGAGAACGCGAGGGCAGCAAAAGAGAAAGCCCAGAAGAAGGACUGCUCGGAGCUUCUCAGCCGCAUCACCGAGUCCUGUCCUCCGUGUGAUCUUCAAAAGUGGUGUCACCUCCUGAUGCCGAAGGCCAAGCGCGAAGAUCAGGUGAAACCGGCUGCCAAAAAGAAGAAAAAAUCGAAUGGAGCGUCGAAAGUCAAGGCCAAGAUGAGUAAGCAGGACUCGAAAGAGAUGAUCGGUAGUGUGCCGUAUCCUCAAACACCAAACAACGCCGAGGAACUCGCAAGUUCAGCAGGAGAUGAAGCCGAAGGACCUGAAGAGGCCAACUGCCCGGGCGGUUGCAAAAGUCCUUGUCCGACCGCUCCGCCGAAACCAGAAAUGAAGAAUUGCGGCUGCUCUGCCAACCUGCCUGUAGAAAACGAAUCCCAGCCAUCUCCUUGUGGACCUUAUCCCGUAACCUCCGGCUGCACCGCCCGCUGUAACCCGUGUCCUUGGUCCUGGUACUACAAUCCCUGCAACGGCUGCUAUUACUACUGCGCGAACUGCUGCAAUGGCUGUUGUAAUUGCUGCAAUUACUGCUGCAAUCCGUGUGGUUGCUGUGGCGGCAACGCCCCUCCUCAGCUGGAGAAGAUCCCUCCAAAACCGAAGCCAAAGGAAAGGCCGGUCAACAUGACCAGCAGCAGGAGAAACUCCGCUGGGACUACUGUGAAUUUCGACAGUAUAUUUAACGAUCCGGGCUUCUGUGGCCUACCCCCUCCACCUGGUGUCCCAAUGCAGUCGGUUUCAACUCUGCCAGGAUAUCGUCCAACUGCUCCGCCCCAUUUCAGCUCCCCCUACAGCGGACGGUGGGAGGCGGGCGGAGUGGACAUAAAUCGGUCCAAUCAGCGGGAUAACCGAAGUCCUUCAAACAUCACCUGCAUGCGCCACGGAUAAAUACCAUCAUGUCUAAAUUUUACGUUGAAUAUUUUACAUUUUAAUAAUAAAAAAGAGGCGAGUGCCUCGACUAACACAGAG